GGGUGUGGACUUAAAAAGAGGGCAGGGUAAAAGUGGGUGGACUGGUUGUUUCUAGAGUUUGUGCAUUUAGACUCUUGUAUCAUAGAGAGACGGGGGAAUUACACUUGAAGAGACAGACAGACAGACGACAGGCAACACAUCGAUCGUCAUCAUGCUGAUUCUCCUCGCUGCCAUCUUUGCGCUCCACAUCAUUGGCAUCAUCCUCCUCCUGGUGGCGACUAUCGACAAUGCCUGGUGGGUGACUGAAACUGUCUCCACUGACGUGUGGGCUCGGUGGAUACUGCAACCCAACGGAGUGUGGAACUACACUGAUCUCCCCUCAGGCUCUCAUUACCCUCAAGAUUACCUCCAGGCAGUGCAGGCCAGCUCCAUCCUCGCCUGCAUCUUCUCCAUCAUCGGCAUCUUUGUGUUUGUGGCUCAGCUCUUCACCCUCGAAAAAGGGCAGAGGUUCACCAUCUCUGGAAUUUUUCAGUUACUUGCCUGCUUGAGUAUCAUGAUCGCAGCCUCCAUCUACACAGACCGCUUCCACCUGGAUGAGAAAUUUGGUUGGUACGGUCACUGCUACAUCCUGGCGUGGAUUUCCUUUGCGCUCACGUUCAUCUCCUCCAUCACUUACUUUGUGCUACGUAAGAAGACGGCGUGAGAAGGACACUAGAGCUCAGCCCCCGUCCAGCCCAAUCGUCUCUGGUCUGGAUCCACUCUUUCAGCUAAAAUCCCAGUUCAUAUUCUCGUGUGUGUUGAACGUCAGAUUGGAGCUGCGGGUGUAGAUUCAGCCUCAGACCUGUCGAUCCCCCUCAAAUACAUGCUCUGCGUUUAAUUGUGUCGGCUUUCAAAAGAUCAGGAUUCCACUGCGUGCGGAGUCGGUAAAAGGGCAAACUCAAUCAAUCGCUGCUGUAUUUGUGUGGAGUUUAGUUUGGCCUGGGGCAUCUAAGGAUAAUAAAGAUUAUUUUUUUGUAGUUAUCUGUCAAAAAAAAAGGCCUAAAGGUUUAAAUAAGAUAUGAUAAAUUAAGAUCUAACGUUGUGUUUGACAAAAAGCAAGACAAUAUGUGGUCUUUUUUUUGUGAUGUACAUUUAUAUAUGAAUAUGAAAGUUGGAUAAAACAAAUAGGUGUGAGUUAUUAACUUUAGUACAUUGUUGUUGUUUUUUUUAUUAUUAUUUUUGUUCCCUGCUUUGUUCUGGUUUUAUAUUAUGAGUGUAAUUACAACAAUCUGUGCCCAUUUAAACUUCAAAAGUCCAUUUUACAUGUCACAUAUAGAUGUGUGUGUGUAUUCUAAAGAUAAGAGUAUGCAAGGACAUUGGGAUCAUGUUUAAUUCCUGGUGAUUAGGUAAACUGUUUUUUUUUUUAUCAUUUUAAAACAAUGUCAAAUGAUAUACUAUAUAUAUACACACUAGGAACUAUUACACUAAUAAAGUGAUAUAAAGUGGAA